CUAAAGUAACUUAAAUAUUUACUCCAUAGAAAAAACCUGGGAGUCGUCGUCAGCUAUCUCCGCUUUUUCUAAUUUUUCUAUUUUUUUUUUCAGACAUUCUCAAUUUUUUUCCGUCACUACCUCAGACUCAGAUAUUUCAGUCCCAUGGCCGAGCCUUCUAUACGAAAUAUGUGGCCGUUUCUUUUUUUCGGCAUUACUCCGAUUCUCCCGCAGUUGACUUCUCCGGAGCCUUGUGAAUGAAUAUAUAUCUUAAACACAUUGGUGCGGCAUUCCCCGUCAAAGAAUUACCAGUAUUCUGCAACCAUGGUUCUAGGGGUGAGAACAAACAACAGAAAAAGUGGCUCAGUUCAUGUAGAUUAUCUAAUCCAUAUUCAGGAGAUUAAGCCUUGGCCACCAUCUCAAUCUCUGAGGUCCCAACGUGCUGUCCUGAUCCAAUGGGAACAUGGUGAUCGGACUUCUGGGUCUACGAGCUCUGUCAUACCUGCACUGGGGUCUGGUAUUGGUGAUGGGAAAAUUGAAUUCAAUGAGUCUUUUCGGCUGUCUGUGACUUUAGUCAGGGAAUUUGCCCUCAAAAGUGGGGAUGCUGAUACCUUCCACAAAAAUUGCUUAGAUUUUAAUUUGUAUGAGCCACGGAGGGAUAAGACUGUGAGAGGUCAGCUGUUAGGAACUGCCAUUCUAGACUUGGCAGACUAUGGCAUUAUUAGGGAAAUCUCAAGCAUAAGUAUUCCCAUGAAUUGCAAGAGGAGCUUUAGGAACACUGCUCAACCAGUUUUAUUCCUUAAAAUCCAGCCAGUUGAUAAAGGUCGCACCAGUUCCUCAUCAAGGGACAACCUGUUAAAAGAAGCAUCCCUUCACAAGACUGGUGGAGAGUCUGUUUCUGCUUUGAUCAAUGAAGAAUAUGCUGAGGAAGCUGAGAUCACCUCCUCUACUGAUGAUGAUGUUUCCUCACACUCAUCUCUGGCUGUUUCCACUGCUGUCCAGUCUAAUGGGGGUUUACCACAUCAAAAUGAAAAGAAUGGGUCAGAGAGGGUGAAUAAUAACACAGGAGGCGGUAAUGAGGAACAAGCCUCAGAUUCAAAGCUGAGACUCACAAAUUCGGACACGACACCAAUAAUUGAACCACAUCCAAGUCUGGAGGGGAAUUCAUCUUGCAUGUCAUCAAUAGACUUGUCUUCUGAUCUGGGGAGCCCUGUAAAUGGUCAUCCUUCUUUACCUGACUCCCCUGAGUCUAGUACAUCAACUCCAAAAAGGAUUCUUACCCUCAGCAGUCAUUCGUCUUCCUCAUCCAUAGUUUAUGAAAGAAUGGAAGAAGAGUCUAAUACCAGCAUCCGAAGCAAUGACCAUGAAGAUUUGCCCCGGGAGGCUCAUGAAAAGGUUCCUAGUGGCAAAACUGAAACUGGUGGUAAUGCUAAACAGAGCACCGGGGAGAAAAUAUCAAAUGGUUUUCUAGCCAAAGUGGCAUCCCCUGGCAUCAACUCCCAUGCAGUUGAGAAAUUGAGUUUUGCAAAUUCUGCUAAUUCUCAAGCAAAUAGAGAGGAGUAUGAAGAGGAAGUGAGGAGGCCCAUAAAAAAUGGCCUGGAGGAAGGUGUAACUACUGACAAUGGUCCCAUGGAGGACAGAGAUGAAAAGGAACAAAAAGAAUAUAGACAGGAAAGAGAAAACUUGGAAGAGAAAGAGCAUUCUAUAGAAGAGGAACCAUCUAAUAGAGUUUCACUAGAUGCUACCAGAAAGCAAGCCUCAUCAGGAAGUGAUACACUUUCUUUCAGCUGGGGAAAUCAUGAACUGAAGAGCAAUAUCCUAAGUAGUGAUAGAUUAAAACAUGUGAAAUCUGUUCGAUCGUCAUCAGACUCAGCUAGAAGCAACAAUUUGGUGGGUGGUAACCAGUUCAUUGAAGAAGCAAAGGAAGUUGGAGUUCUGGGAGAUAGACAGAAUGGAGCAAGAGGCUUCAUAGGCAGCGGAAGAAAAGACACUAUAAUCUAUACGGAGACAAGAAACACCUUUUCUGAAAGAAAAAUACAGCAAUUGGAGGACAAAAUAAAGAUGCUUGAGGGAGAAUUGAGAGAAGCUGCUGCCAUAGAGGCAGCUCUUUACUCAGUUGUUGCUGAGCAUGGAAGUUCCAUGAAUAAGGUACAUGCCCCAGCUCGGCGCCUAUCUAGGAUGUAUCUUCAUGCUUGCAGAGAGAGUUCACAAUCAAGGAGAGCCAGUGCAGCUAGAAGUGCUGUUUCAGGAUUAGCUUUGGUUGCAAAAGCAUGUGGCAAUGAUGUUCCAAGGUUGACCUUUUGGUUGUCAAAUGCUGUUGUGUUGAGAGCAAUUAUAAGCCAAGCCAUUGGGAUCCCAAGGCAAAAACUUUCUGCUGGAUCUUCCAACGAAAGGAAUGGCAUUGGAAAAGGAAAUAACCAGAGAUUAUCUCCACUAAAAUGGAAGGAAUUCCCCCCCAGCAGUAAGGAAAACAAGAAUGCUUCAAGUCUUGGUGACUGGAAAGACCCAUAUACAUUAAUAUCUGCACUAGAAAAGCUUGAAGCUUGGAUCUUCUCCCGAAUUAUUGAGUCUGUCUGGUGGCAGACUUUGACUCCACACAUGCAAUCUGCUGCUAUGAAAGAAAUUUAUGGAGAUACAGAUUCUGAUUCAAGGAAAAGCUAUGGAAGGACUUCUGGUUCAUCUGACCAGGAGCAAGUGAAUUUUGCCUUAGACCUUUGGAAGAAAGCUUUCAAGGAUGCCUGUGAAAGACUUUGUCCUGUUCGAGCAGGAGGACAUGAGUGUGGCUGCUUGCCUGUGCUGGCUAGCUUGGUAAUGGAGCAAUGUGUGGUUAGACUAGAUGUGGCUAUGUUCAAUGCUAUUCUUCGUGAAUCUGUUGACGAGAUCCCAACAGAUCCUGUAUCUGAUCCCAUUAGUGAUUCCAAAGUUCUUCCCAUUCCUGCUGGGAAAUCCAGCUUUGGUGCUGGUGCACAGCUGAAAAAUGUGAUUGGAAACUGGUCUAGAUGGCUUACCGACCUAUUUGGUAUGGAUGAGGAUGACUUGCUUGAAGAAGGGAAUGAUGAUAUUGAGGAUGAGAGACAAGAUGUGUUAUUCAAGUCUUUCCAUCUGCUUAAUGCUUUGAGUGAUCUCAUGAUGCUUCCAAAGGACAUGCUCUUGAGUAGGUCCAUCAGAAAAGAGGUAUGCCCUACAUUUGGUGCACCAUUGAUCAGAAGGGUUCUUGACAAUUUUGUCCCUGAUGAGUUCUGUCCGGAUCCAAUUCCAGGAGUGGUGUUUGAAGCCCUGGAUUCUGAGGAUCCCUUUGAAGCUGGGGAGGACUCUAUCACAAACUUCCCAUGCAUUGCAGCUCCUAUAGUCUAUGCGCCACCUCCAGCAGCUUCCCUUGCAAGCAUUCUUGGAGAGGUCGGCAAUCAAUCUCAUCUGAGAAGAAGCAACUCCUCGGUGCUCAGAAAAUCACAUACCAGCGAUGAUGAGCUUGAAGAAUUAAAUUCACCCUUAUCUUCAAUCAUAAGUGAUGGCUUCAGGCCAUCACCUGUCCCUACAAAAUCCAACUGGAAAUCAAGGGCAAAUGGCAGUCAAAGUGACGUAAGGUAUCAGCUCCUCCGGGAAGUAUGGAUGAACAGUGAGUAGCUACAAAUACACAGAGACGAGCCAUGGGCAGAAUUAUAUCUGGAUCCUUCAGAGUAGUUGAAGCAUCUUAGUGAACAAUCAGAUUCUGGGAAUCGAACAAAACCUUUGGUAUGUAUAUUUAUUGGUAUGUAUAUGCAUGAAUAAAUGAUGCUCCUUUUUGUUCUCUUGUUUGAGUUGUAAAUUUGGAAUCCAGUUGGCUGUUGUAGUUAUAUUUUCCUUGUGAAAAUACAAUGCAAUUUUGUGCAGA